CCGGUCUCAAUAUUUUCAGAUCACAGUGUCGUGCAGUUCUCCCGUCUGAAAUCUAUUCCACAAAUUUAAUAGUGCAGAACGUACUGGUUAUUACCUGGCGUGACAUUUGUAGCGUGAUAAAUCCUGACAAAGGAAGACUGGGAAAGAAGUGGGUGGUGUAGUCAUUAUGGAAUUACAUUAAAAGCCAGAGAAAAUAAAACUUUUGUGCUUCUAAUUAGCUACAAAUCUGACUUAUUAUAUCAGUUUAACAGGGAUAUUUUAAUGCACCUGCAAAAUGUGUAUUAUUGAGAACACAGAGAUAAUUUUUAUCAGUAAUAUGAAUGUUUAUUUGAGCAUUUAUGAAGAGAAGCUUAGAUUCUAUGAUUAUAUACAUUUUGUACAUAUUCAGUUUCCAUGUACUAUCCCUUUAAGACUAAAUGUCUUUAUUGUUUAUUGUAAAAAACACAAAAAUAUAUAAAAGAUUUAGUAUUCUCCACCUCAGAAUUACACAAUAUAGAGAAAGGGGAUGAAACAGCAGCUUUGAUGAAAUGUGGAGUCUGUGUUUAAAAUCUCUCCUCCACCCUUGGAUUGAACAUUUGUAUAAAACCAGCUACAUUGACACCUAGUGGUAAAACACAGUCAUGUUCAGAGGUUCGGACAGGAUGAGGGAACAGACCCCUCUUCUUCAUUCAGCUCUCAGUUGGUCCAGGCCUCUGUCAAUCUGCGGCCAUGUCAAAUUAGAUGAGGGAGGCGGCUGAGUGGCAGGGUUGCCAGGUUUGAAGAAAUAAAACUGCAUUCUUAUUUCUUUUAUAAUCAGGGUGAAUGGGAUGAUGAAGCUGUGGUUGACAACAAACUACACGGAAGCCAACCUCUGCCACUCGGCUGUCAAUCAUGACGUUUUGCCCCAUUUUUUAAUAACAUCAAAUAACUAAUUAAAACCAAACACACCAGGAAGGUCAAUGUGCUUUGGCUUCACUUUUGGGGAGUAAUCUUGUUUAAUCCAUCUUUAUAUACAUUCUCUGGUGAGAAGGUCAAUGCCACGUUCCAAUAUAUUUUGGAAAUCGGAAUGAAGUCACACCUGAAUAACUUUAGCUGUGACGUCAUUUAAAAACUCCAAACUGACGUCACAAUUGACCCGGCAUUUUGGCCACGCCUUGAGGCAACAAUGCUCUCACUGAUGAUGUAAUAAAAUGCUGUGAGAACAUGUAUAAAUAAUUUGGAUGAAUACAUCGAUCACAUCAGUGGGAUUUAAAAACAAGAUGUCACAGUGAUUUGGCGGAAAAGGGGGGGGAUGAGACAAACCGUAUCUGGCAACCCUCCAUCGUCGUCAUCCGUGGCUAAAUGCUAAGCUAGCUGCAGUCAGUCCGCCGUCCUGUCUGUGUUCGUGAGGUCACCGAGAUAAUUAACGUCGCUGUGUUUGUGCGUCGGGUUCCUGCCCGGUGUUGUGUUGUUAUUUACCAGGAAACAUGUCUGCGGUGUUGUUGUUUUGUGGACUUUACUCACAUUAGCGGAGUCUUGAGGAGCAGCAGCGGCAGCAGAGGUGAGGGGCGUCCGGCUGCUAUACCCCAGACACUGCCCCCCUGACAGCGGGCUAGCUAGCUAGCUAGUUAGCAGGUUGAGAGGCGGUUCUCAGUGAAUAAACCCACUGGGACUUGUUAGCUUCAUUAGCUAAAUGGUUUCCGCUGUUGUCCCCGGUUGUUGAGUCAGUAGCCAGGGAGCUAGCUAGCUGCGACUCGGCCGUGAAACCGAGAAGACCUUCGGCCACCGGAGCUAAACAACCCGCCGUGGUUCGUGUGUGUCACCGGUGGGAGCUUGUUAAACUGGAGCUGGCCUCGUCACAUCUCCCAUCUUCAACACUGACGCUCAUGUUGUGUUUGUGUGUGAAACGAGCAGCAGCCUCCCGGUGCCUGACAACCCAGAGGAGGAGAGAGGAUGUCUGAGGGAGACAGCAAGCAGGGCCCGGACACUGCACAGGAGGGGAAGCCGGAGACGGUGGGGGCAGGAGCCGCCGCGGGUCAAGUGGUGUCAUCGGUGUCUCCCCCCGUGUCCAUGGUGACGCAGCCUCCGGCCACCGCGGCCACGGAGGACGAGGAGGAGGAGAGCGAGGAUGAGUCGGAGAUUUUGGAGGAGAGCCCGUGUGGACGCUGGCAGAAACGCAGAGAAGAGGUGAAUCAGCGUAACGUCCCUGGCAUCGAUAAUGCUUACUUGGCCAUGGACACGGAGGAAGGAGUUGAGGUGGUGUGGAAUGAGGUCAUGUUCUCCGAGAGGAAGAAUUUCAAACUACAAGAGGAAAAGGUUAAAGCGGUAUUUGACAAUUUAAUUCAGCUCGAGCACUUGAACAUCGUGAAGUUCCACAAGUAUUGGGCGGAUGUUAAAGAGAACAGAGCCAGGGUGAUUUUCAUCACAGAAUACAUGUCCUCAGGAAGUCUCAAACAGUUUUUAAAGAAGACAAAGAAAAACCACAAGACCAUGAAUGAAAAGGCCUGGAAGCGCUGGUGCACACAGAUACUGUCGGCUCUCAGCUACCUGCACUUAUGUGAACCCCCCAUCAUUCAUGGCAACCUGACCUGUGACACCAUCUUCAUUCAGCACAAUGGCCUCAUCAAGAUCGGCUCAGUUGCUCCAGACACCAUCAACAAUCAUGUGAAAACCUGUCGGGAAGAGCAGAAGAGCCUUCACUUCUUUGCUCCAGAGUAUGGAGCUGUUGCCAAUGUUACCACCGCCGUGGAUAUCUAUUCCUUUGGAAUGUGCGCCUUAGAGAUGGCUGUGUUGGAAAUCCAGAGUAAUGGAGAUUCGUCUUAUGUGUCCCAAGAAGCCAUAAACAGUGCCAUUCAGUUCUUAGAGGACCCACUGCAGCGGGAAUUCAUCCAGAAAUGUCUGGAGGUGGAUCCCAAUAAACGGCCCACAGCUAAGGAGCUGUUGUUUCACCAGGCCUUGUUUGAGGUGCCCUUACUCAAGCUUCUGGCUGCGCACUGCAUCGUCAGCCACCAGCAUAUGAUUCCAGAAAAUGCUUUAGAGGAGAUGACAAAGAACAUGGAUCCUAACCUGGUGAUAGUUGAAGUCAAGGACGGAGUUCAGAUGAAACUCUCUCAGUUUCCUGCCCUGGAGCUCGACAAGUUUCUUGAAGACGUACGGAACGGGAUCUAUCCUUUGACUGCGUUCGGGGUCCCGUGUCCACAGCAGCCUCAGCAGGAGACGGUGAAGUCCCCCAUAGUUCCCCCGUCAGUCAAAUCCCCGACUCCUGAACCUGCAGAGCUCGAGACCAGGAAGGUUCUUCAGAUGCAAUGUAACAUUGAGCCGGUGGAUGAAGGAGCCAAGCAUCAUUUGACCCUGCUGUUGAAACUCGAGGAUAAAUUGAACAGGCACUUGAGCUGUGAUUUGUUACCAAAUGAGAACGUGCAGGAACUGGCUGUGGAGCUUGUUCAGCUGGGAUUCAUCAGUGAGGGCGAUCAGCCGCGACUUGCAUCAGUUCUUGAAGAGGCCUUCUCCAGGUUCUACAGCCGGAACGGUUCCCUCAAUCCGGUGACGGUGUCCUCGUAGCGGAGGACUCCCCAGGCCUUCUCUCAGCCCUCCUCGUCCUCUACAGCAGGACUAGCUCUUAGCUUCACCUCUGAGUUGCGGCUAAAGCUUUUUGCGAGGACAGAUGGAGGAAGCCUUGGUCUGACUUGCAGAUCCUGCAGCCUGUCCUUGUAUCUUCUGGUGGGAAAAGUUGCCACUAAGUGGUUGAUGGCUUUCCAUCUUAUUUUUUUCUCCCACCCAAUACAGCCAUCUGCUUCUCUUUUAAAAGAGAAAAUCCUUGUUGCAACUUAAGGAAAAUGCAAAUGUUUUCACUUUUUUGCUCAUUUCUCUCCGUAGAGUUAAGCAAAGUAAAACUAGACAACAGCAGUAUUUUCCUUAAGUCAGUGUUAAAAAUGUAUUUUAAAAUUUUUACGUCAAAUUCUUUAAUAGUUGUCUGUAUAAAAAAUCUUUCGUCCCGGCAUACUGAAGUGUAAGUAGUAUGGUGUUGUUAGGUUAAGUCUGAUUGUCUGAUCCUUUUUAAACUUUGUCCUGAGCAGGGACUGAAGCGACGUUCUACCUUGUAUCGGUUUUUGAAGACUCUCGAAUGCAUCAAGCUCGAAAACGCAACGUCAAUUUAACUUAUAAAUUUCUGUAAUUAUGUCAGCGUCUCGCCUUCUCUCUGCCGUGACCACCUGCUGUUAGGCUCUGUAGAUACUGCGAGUGUGGGACUCCCUGGCAUGCUUGUAACCAUCUUGUACACUGUAUGCUGGACUCUGCUCUGUUUCUGCUACACAUUUACCCUCUUUUUUCACCUCCUGAAAUAAAAAAUUACUCUAUCAGCACUUAA